GAACAUAAAGCGAUCGCUUGUACAGAAGAAGUUGACGACAAACAAUGGCGUCGGAACAGGUGUCUCGCAGGGAGAACACGACUACCGAGAGGGAGGUUCACAUUGAGAAGGAUCGAGUCCCCAAGAUGACCACCCACUUCGAGCAUCUCGCUGAACAGGUCAAGGAAGGAUCGGAUACCCGCAAGGGAGUAUUCAGGAGAGAAAGAAUCACAUCUACCUUGGAAGACAUUUCCAAAUACAGAGGCCAAGUCCAAGAGAACACAAUGGAAGCUAUGAGAGCAGCACAGGAGCGGUAUGAAAGAGCAAAGCAGGCAGCUAAUGAGACAGUCGGUUCUACAACCCAAACAACUCAGGAGAAAGCUGCACAGCCAAAAGACUACACACUAGAGAAAGGCCAACAAGGCUAUGCUACUGCAAAAGAUACCAUCUCAAGCGCCACUCAGACGGCUUCAGAUUACACCUCUCAAGCAGCAAAGGCUGCUCAAGCUAAGGACGUGACAUUAGAGAAAGGCCAACAAGGUUAUGCUUCUGCAAAAGACACCAUCUCAAGCGCCACUCAGACGGCUGCAGAUUACACCUCUCAAGCAGCAGAGAAGGCGAAAUCUGCAGGUAGCACUACUACUCAAUAUGUUGGAGAGAAAGCUGGUCGGGCUAAGGAUGUCACUCUGGAGACUGGCAAGACUGCUGCUGAAUAUGCUGGAAAACUGGCGGCUGAUCUGAAGGACAAGGCGACUGUGGCAGGGUGGACGGCGGCGCAUUAUUCGACGGAGAAGACUGUGGAAGGGACAAAAGCGGCGGCGAAUAUUGUUCAGGGAACGGCGGGGUAUGCUGCUAAUAAGGCCAGUGAGCUUGCAUCCAAGUCAUUAGGUGCUGUCAAAGGGUUAGCUGCUAGAGCUGGGGAGACUGCUAAGGAUUAUACUGCGAGGAAGAAGGAGGAGGCAGAGAAGGAUUACGAAACUAAAACGUCUCAACCACAGAUUCUAAUUGAUUUUUCCUUUCCCAUGAAAGGAGUACAAGUUAGUGUCAUGUCAAACUUUCUUAUGACGGUUUCACUUGAGGAAACUGAGCGGAGGCCAUCAUCUGGACAAGAACAAGGUCAAAAAGGAGGAGGCAUGUUCCAAAACAUCACUGGAAGCUUUCAGGAAGGUGGUGGGAUUGGCGAAACUAUAGGCCAAUAUGCCCAAUCCACUAAAGAAGCAGUGGGAGAUUUUGCGCAGACAAUGAAGAAGCCAUUAGAUGCAGCUGCACAAGGAGGAAGCGAGGUGAUAGGAGCAGUAGGUGAAACUGUAGGUGAAAUCGGACAGACAAUGAUCAGACCAGCAGAGAGAGCCUCAGAACAAGUUCAGAAAGGUCAAGCAGGAAGUGGCUUUAUCGAUGCUAUUGGAGAAACCAUAACAGAAAUAGCACAGACAACCAAAACCAUGGUUGUGGGAGAUGAUGAUGAAAUAGAAUCAGGCUCGAAACAGAACAUUGGAUCAGAUUUGAUCAUGGCAACCAAGGAGGGUUGA